AUGGAUCCACUGAAACUCUGCAAAGCCACAGUCAUGGAGGAUGAUGUGAGACCAGCAGGUGGACGAAAGCAUGACCACUCCAGCUGGUAUAAUUUCUGUAUGAGGUGCAUUGAGGGCUGCUGGGAUCAGGAGGACCAGAAAGGAGUCUACAGCUGCCCCCUGUGCAAACACACCUUCACUCCCAGACAUGUCCUCUACAAAAACCCUCUGAUUGCUGAAAUGGUGGAGAAAUGUAAAAAGAUCAGAGACCAAGCUGCUCCUCACAAUUAUGCUGGACCUGGAGAUGUGGAGUGUGACAUCUGCACUGGGAGAAAACUCAAAGCUGUGAAGUCCUGUCUGGAAUGUCUGGUGUCUUACUGUGAAACUCACUAUGAGUGAGCUCACAAUGAACUUAAUCCUGGACGAGAACACUCAGUGGUUGAUGCCACAGGCCCGCUACAGGAGAGAACCUGCUCUCGUCACAAGAAGGUUCUUGAGAUAUUUUGUCGUACUGAUCAGAGUUGUAUCUGCCUUAUGUGCACGGUGGACGAUCAUAAAGGCCACGACACAGUCACCGCUGCUGCAGAAUGGACUAACAAAGGUGACAGUUGGGGGCAGAGCCAGAGGAGAUUCCAGCAGAGAAUCCAGGAGAGAGAGAAGGAGCUGCAGGAGCUGAGGAAGGCUGUGGAGACUCUCAAGAGCUCUGCACAGACAGCAGUGGAGGACAGUGAGAGGAUCUUUACUGAGAUGAUCUGCUCCAUUGAGAGAAGGCGCUCUGAGGUGAAAGAGCUGAUCAGAGUUCAGGAGAAGGCUGAGGUGAGUCGGGCUGAAGGAUUCCUGAAGCGAAUGGAGCAGGAGAUUGCUGAGCUGAAGAGGAGAGAUGCUGAGCUGGAGCAGCUUUCACACACAAAAGAUCACAUCCAUUUCCUCAAGAAUGUCCCAUCAAUCAAAGAGUCUCCUCACUCUAAAGACUUACCCAGCGUGACUUUCAAUCAGAGUUUCUCUUUUGAGGCUGUGAAAGAAUCUGUGUCUGCAGUGAAGGUGCAGCUGGAGGAGAAACUGGAUGGCAUCUUCAAGCAGGAAGUAGCCAAGAUAUCUGCAGCAGGUACUGAUCCUGAACUCCCAGUCAGAAGAACUGACAGUAAGGAAUGUCUGCAACCAAACAUGUCUGAUGUCCAGGCUGUUUAUACAGAAUCAGUGACCAGAGAGGCGCUCUUGCGGUAUUGCUGCCACUUCACACUGGAUCCAAAUACAGCUCACAGAAACCUCCAUCUGUCUGAGGGGAACAGGAGGGUGGAGUGGAGAAGAGAGGCCCAGUCAUAUCCUGAUCAUCCAGAGAGAUUUGAUUGGUGGAAUCAGGUGUUGUGUAGAGAGGGUGUGUCUGGACGCUGCUACUGGGAGGUGGAGUGGAGUGGGGAGGUUGAUAUAGCAGUCUCAUAUAAAAGCAUCAGCAAGAAAGGACUGGGUGAUGAGUGUUGGUUUGGACGUAAUGGUCAGUCCUGGAGCCUGGAGCCCCGCAGCUUCAGCUCCUAUUUCCUUCACUAUAAUAAACAGACUAAACUCCCUCUAGUGGCCAGCUUCAGAAUAGGAGUGUAUGUGGAUCACAGGGCAGGAACUCUGGCCUUCUACAGCAUCUCUGAUACAAUGACCCUCCUGCACAGAGUCCAGACCACAUUCACAGACACACUCUACCCUGGGUUUUUGGUAGAUCCUGGAUCAUCAGUGAACUUAUUGUGACUCACAUACACAGAUGCUCUUAGUAACGCUACACACACACAUCCAUUUACAGAUCACAUCUCAGCACGUACUGUAUAGUGUCACAGAGGUAAUGAUAUCUCUGGACCCCUAAGUCCAGACCACUUACUCACACAGCUGUUGUGACCUAUACCGUGAAAUGUAAAGAUCCCAGAUCCACACACACCCCCAUAAACACAUCCCAUCUCAUCAGCACACACAUAAGCCACCACUCACAUGUAAGGAUCUGGCAGCUGCCUGAGAUUCUCUGUUGUUGGGCAAAACAAAAGCCCAAAAUCACUCCCUCAUCUCUGGACCCCAGCAGAUAUUACAGCGUCUGCACCUCUGGACCUCUGCUGGAACACACAUCAGCACACCACACAUACACUAUUGGGUGGGACAUGUGUUGAGGAGCC